CCAACCCGAGCCCAUUACUUCAUCCCCCGUCCCUCCACUUCGACUGCGGUACCAGUGGUCCAGAACUCCAACCUUUUACCUCAGUGAGAGCUCACAUCUCCUUACCUGAAGCUCCCUCUCUCCAUUUUCCCCAACUCCACACCCACACACGCACCCAAAAUAGAACCCAUUAACACGCCAUUUGCAGAUUUCUCCGGCCAAUCAUGGUUCAGAAAUACCGGAGCGUGACAUUGCUGAUCCUGGAACGCCGACCUUGUAGUGACAGUAGGCGAUCGACAUUGAUGCUUGAGUUUGGGGUUCGACAAGAAGGAUACAAAAGGAAUUCCAUUCGAAAUCAAUCAAAUAGUGAAUGUCUCAUCUUGAUCUGUCAGAUGUAUUGGGCGGUUCCGAUUUAAAAUGUUUUUAGUAUUUUUUUUUUUGGACAAGUGUUUCGCAGGUGGAUCCAGGUCCAAAUCUAUUUCUCUGAUUUGGAAUUUUCUUGGACAAAAUAAUUCAAAAUAUUCUUCAAGAAUCAAAAGCUGAAACGGAAAGUCUUUUUUUACUUCAAAAAGACUUUCCGUUUCAGCUUUUGAAGGGUUUUUAGGGUUUUAGCAGAACUUUACUGACUCUCAUAUCCGACGUCAACUCCUUCUGCUCAGAUUUGGUUCAGUACAGCCGUACAGGAAAGCAAAGAACGGUCAUUUCCAUGGCCUCUACCAUGCCUUUAGAACAUGUUAAUCAGUAUGAGCCCAAGUUAAAAGGAGACUCAUUUAUUCGACCCCAUUUGAGAAAAUUGUCUCCUUACCAGCCAAUUUUGCCUUUUGAGGUUCUGUCAGCACAACUUGGAAGGAAGCCUGAAGAUAUUGUCAAAAUAGAUGCUAAUGAAAACCCAUAUGGUCCACCUCCAGAGGUAAACGAAGCUCUGGGGUCAUUAAAGUUUCCCUAUAUAUAUCCUGAUCCUGAAACCCGUCAGUUACGUGCUGCACUUGCCCAAGAUUCAGGCCUUGAAUCUGAUUAUAUUCUUGUGGGAUGUGGUGCUGAUGAACUCGUUGAUCUCGUUAUGCGUUGUGUGUUGGAUCCUGGUGAUAAGAUUGUGGAUUGUCCUCCAACUUUUUCAAUGUAUGAAUUUGAUGCUGCAGUUAAUGGUGCUCUUGUUAUAAAAGUUCCGAGGAACCCAGACUUUAGCUUGAAUGUGGAUGCUAUUAUUGAUGCUGUAGAACAAGAGAAACCCAAAUGCAUAUUUCUGACGUGUCCAAACAACCCAGAUGGGAGUAUAAUCAAUGAUGAGGAACUCUUGAAGAUCCUUGCCCUGCCCAUAUUGGUUGUGCUGGAUGAAGCAUACAUUGAGUUUUCUGGAGUUGAAUCUAGGAUGAAAUGGGUGAAGAAGCACGAGAACCUAAUUGUUCUUCGGACUUUCAGCAAGAGAGCUGGUCUUGCUGGGCUACGUGUGGGAUAUGGGGCAUUUCCUUUGAGCAUCAUUGAGUUUAUUUGGAGAGUAAAGCAACCAUAUAAUGUCUCUGUUGCUGCUGAAGUUGCUGCAUGUGCAGCAUUGAGAAAUCCUGCUUAUCUAGAGAUGGUGAAAGGUGCUUUAUUACAAGAACGGAAAAGGCUCUUUAAGCUUCUAGAGGAAGUGCCAUUUCUUAGCCCCUACCCAAGCCAUUCUAAUUUCAUUCUUUGUAAAGUUGAAUCUGGGUUGGAUGCUAAGAAGCUUAAGGAAGACCUUGCGAAAAUGGGUGUGAUUGUCCGUCACUACAAUAGCAAGGAACUGAAGAGUUACAUUCGGGUGUCCGUUGGGAAACCUGAACAUACCGAUGCAUUGAUCAAGUGUCUCAAAUGUUUUGCUUGAUUGUGGCAUCUCUUCUGGAACAGACAUCAAAAUUGCUUUUGAAAUUGGAACUCAAUGCACAACUUGCUCAGUGUUUUAUCAUUUUGCAUCUGAUGAAAAGACAACUUAUUAUUCAGUUGAUAGAGCUUUAUAGUUCUGCAACUCCCAACUUAAUAAAAUUAUUGGCCCUUUCUUCCCA